CAACAUCUGAUCGAAUAUAUCAAUAGAACAAUUCUACUUAUUGUUUUAUAUUUUCUUUCUCAAAAUAAGUAUAGAAUUCGUCUUUAAAUGCCAUGAUUCGAGAAGACGAUCCUCAGUUUCGAAUAACUCCUUUCCAACAGAUGGCAUCGGCAUGCUCUGGUGCACUAAUAACCUCCUUAUUCAUGACGCCAUUAGAUGUAGUAAAAAUAAGGUUACAAGCUCAACAGAAAGCCUUACUAUCAAACAAAUGUUAUUUGUAUUGCAAUGGCUUAAUGGAACAUCUUUGUCCUUGCGGUGAAACUGCAUGGAUACCUAGACGAGUUCACUUCCAUGGAACGAUAGAUGCUUUUUACAAAAUUGCUAAGUUUGAAGGGGUUCCAGCAUUAUGGUCUGGCCUAAGUCCUACACUUAUUCUUGCUCUUCCAUGUACUGUAAUUUAUUUUGUGUCUUAUGAACAACUUAGAUUUAGAAUGAAAACUUUAUACAACAAUGUUACUGGCAAUAGUGGUCAACCAAUGUGGAUUCCAAUGAUUGCAGGUGGUACGGCUAGAAUAACCGCUGUGACUCUUUUCAGCCCACUAGAAUUAAUUAGAACGAAAAUGCAAUCUAAGAAGUUAACUUAUUCUGAAAUCAACUUAGCACUACGCCAAGUCUUAAAAUACGAAGGUUAUCGAGGAUUGUUUCGCGGAUUAGGAUCUACUUUAUUAAGAGAUGUACCAUUCUCAGGUAUAUAUUGGACCACGUUUGAAACUACGAAAAGAUUGUUCAACAAGCCUGAAUCAGAAAAAAAUUCAUUUGUUUUUAACUUUUUCUGCGGAUCAAUAGCUGGCAGUAUUGCAGCUUUUAUUACGUUGCCAUUUGAUGUUGUAAAAACUCAUCAACAAAUAGAAUUAGGGGAAAAGGAAAUUUAUACAGACGGGAAGGUGCAUCAGAGAGCAUCAAAUAUGAAAGAUAUAGCAAAGACUAUAUAUAAGAAUCAUGGUGUUAGAGGGCUAUUUACUGGCUUGUUACCUCGAAUAUUUAAGGUUGCUCCAGCAUGCGCUAUUAUGAUUGCAACAUUUGAAUAUGGAAAACAGUUCUUCCAAAAAUACAAUACACAAAAAUAUAAGGAGAAAAUGCAAAGGCAUCAUGACAUAGUACUAAUGGGUCAGUCAACGAGUAAUAAUGAAUAUACUUCUUUGUAAGGAGGAUAAUAUAAAAAAGUUACAAACUAUUAGAAUUAUUGAAUGGUUUUUAGAAUUUUUACUUGAUUAUUUUUAGAUUCAAGUUAAUUUACUUCAUCAACUAUCAAUUCAAGUGUUCUUAUCACAUUGUUAAAGACAAAAAAUGGAAUACAAGUUUUUGUUAAGAAAAUUUAUUGAAUUGUAUUAUACUAUAUAGAUUUGAAUUAAUUUAUUAGCAAUAGUACAGUAGUACAUUGCAAUUUUCUUGAGCUAACAAAGCAAUUUCUUUGGGCUUAGGACAACUUAUUCAUAAAAAUGAAUUCCAUUACACUAGAGGUUAUAAGGUUUUGUAAAUAUUAAAAUGAAAUGUAAAUAACCUACACAAAU